GACGGGCCGUGAGCACCACAGCCACGGAAAACUUGGCGUCCACAGGGGGAUCUCAAUCUGCACGACAACAGCGCCGGACACUUUUCGCACAUUUCGGCCAACACAGACACCUGAAGGACAAACUCGUGAAGCAACAGAACCAACACACAGACCAUGCCCUCCAUAGCCGCCUACCUGCUCCCUCUGGCCUUGUUAGCCAUUUUCCACUGUGCCGCCCCUGCUAAGGAAGGUAGCGGACCCUUGAGAGGCAACGCCUUACAGCAGCUACUGAGGAAACGGUCCUUAGAGGCGGCCCUACAGCCCCCAGCUGCCUUUUUUGAGGAGAUGGAGCCCCUGGGCAAGAGAGGCGAGCAGUGGAUCUGGAUGCCGGCCCACGGGUAUAUGCCGGUGCCGACCAAUGAGGUGGAGGAGGACAACACCAACAAGGACACCAUCAGCAACCUCCUACGUUACGGCUGAGCCGGCCUGUCAUUCCAUGUGAUGAUCGCAUUAAACUUUUAAAUUGAC